AUGGAGCAGCCCCAGUCUGCAUCACUGCUGCUCUUCAGAGCCAAGGAGGAUAAAAGAGCAAGUUCUGAGGAAGACAGAGAUUACCGUAUUGGAUUAGCCAGCAUGGCUCAUACCACAAAGGUUAACGGCUCCGCCUCAGGAAAAACAGAUGAUAUUCUGAAUGGAGAACAAGACAGGGAACAAAAAGAUCCUUAUUUUGUGGAGACCCCCUAUGGUUAUCAGCUAGACUUAGAUUUCCUCAAAUAUGUGGAUGAUAUACAGAAAGGAAACACCAUCAAGAAAGUGAACAUCCAGAAGAGGCGGAAGCCAUCUGGGCCAUGCCCAGACUCCAGGGCUGCACCUGGCCAGCACAGCGUGUGGACUUCCACUGAAUCCCUCUCAUCCUCCAACAGUGAUGACAACAGGCAGUGCCCUAAAUUCCUCCUAGCCCGAAGCCAAGUUACAUCAACCCCAAUCCCAAAGCCAUCUGCCCCUCUGGAGACCUCUCCCACUUUUCUUACCAUCCCCGAAAGCCGACAGCUGCCACCACCAUCACCACAACUCCCAAAGCACAACCUUCAUGUCACCAAGACACUGAUGGAGACCCGGAGAAGACUUGAGCAGGAGAGAGUCACCAUGCAGAUGGCACCUGGUGAGUUCCGAAGGCCCAGGCUGGCCAGUUUUGGAGGCAUGGGCUCUACCAGCUCCCUUUCCUCCUUUCUGGGUUCUGGAAACCACAAUCCCACCAUGCCCCAGCUUCAGAAUGGAUACCAAGGCAAUGGGGAUUAUGGUGGCUAUGCCCCAGCUGCUGCCACCACCUCCUCCAUGGGGAGCUCCAUCCGUCACAGCCCCCUGAGCUCAGGGAUCUCCACUCCAGUGACCAACGUGAGCCCCAUGCAUUUGCAGCACAUCCGUGAGCAGAUGGCCAUUGCCCUGAAGCGCCUGAAGGAGCUAGAAGAGCAGGUGCGAACCAUCCCUGUGCUCCAGGUGAAGAUCUCUGUCCUGCAAGAGGAGAAAAGACAGUUGGCAUCACAGCUGAAAAACCAAAGAGCGGCAUCCCAGAACGAUGUCUGUGGUGUGAGAAAGCGGUCCUACAGUGCUGGGAAUGCAUCCCAGCUGGAACAGCUGUCCAGGACCCGGAGGAGUGGUGGGGAAUUAUACAUUGAUUACGAGGAGGAAGAAAUGGAGAGCGUGGAGCAGAGCACCCAGAGGAUAAAAGAAUUCCGGCAGCUCACAGCAGACAUGCAGGCCCUGGAGCAGAAGAUCCAGGACAGCAGCUAUGAGGCCUCCUCAGAGCUCAGGGAGAAUGGGGAGUGUCGGCCUCGAGAGUUCCGGUCUGUGGCUGUGGGCGCCAAUGAGGACAUGAACGACAUUGUCGUGUACCGCAGGGGUGCCAGGUCCUGUAAGGAUGCCGCCGUAGGCAUGGUCACUGAGACGAGGAAUUCUGGGGUCAGUGUGACAGAAGCCAUGCUUGGAGUGACUACUGAAGCUGACAAAGAAAUUGAGCUGCAGCAACAGACUAUAGAAGCCUUAAAGGAUAAGAUCUAUCGCCUGGAAGUACAGCUUAAAGAAACCACCCAUGACCGGGAGAUGACUAAACUCAAGCAAGAGCUGCAAGCUGCUGGCUCAAGGAAAAAAGUUGAUAAAGCCGUGAUGGCCCAGCCGCUUGUCUUCAGCAAGAUGGUGGAGGCAGUGGUACCCACCAGAGACCAAAUGGCUGGCAGUCAUGUGGAUGUGGUUGACACAUGUGUGGGAACAUGUGUGCAGACAAGUAAUGUAGGCAUCUCCUGCCAGCCCGAUCAUGAGAAUAAAGAGGUGGGGCCUGAGCUGCCCAUGAAUUGGUGGAUUGUUAAGGAAAGGGUGGAAAUGCAUGACAGAUGUAUUGGGCGGUCGGUGGAAAUGUGUGACAAGAGCGUAGGUAUGGACAUCAGUGUCUGUGAAACGGGCAGCAACACGGAGGAGUCCGUAAAUGACCUGGCACUCCUCAGGACCAACCUGAAUCUCAAAGAAGUGCGCUCCAUCGGCUGCGGAGAUUGUUCUGUUGAUGUGACCAUCUGCUCUCCAAAGGAGUGCACCUCCCGAAGUGUGAACACAGAGGCUGUCAGCCAGGUGGAAGCUGCCAUCACGGCAGUGCCUCGAACUGUGAGCCGGCACACCAGCACAGUUCUAGAACAGGUGAGCCAGUUCACCAACACUGAGAUGGCCACGCUCACAGAAUCCUGUACCAACACUUCCCUAAGCACCGUGGACAAGCAGACCAACACCCGCACGGUGGAGAUGCGGACGGUAGCCGUGGGCGAAGGCCGGGUCAAGGACGUCAGCUCCACCAAGAUGCGGUCCAUCGGAGUGGGGACUGUACUCUCUGGCAAUGCUGGGUUUGACAGGCCAUCAGCUGUGAAGACCAAAGAGUCAGGCGUGGGGCAGAUCAGUAUUAACGACAACUAUCUGGUUGGCCUCAAAAUGAGGACCAUAGCAUGUGGUCCUCCCCAGUUGACAGUGGGGCCGACAGGCAGCCGGAGGAGUGUAGGUGUUGGGGACGAGCCUGUAGGAGAGUUCGUGGAGAGCCCCCAGCCUCAGGCACCGUCUGGAAUGGAGACAGGCUUGGAUCACUACAUCGAGCGUGUCCAGAAGCUGCUUGCGGAACAGCAGGCGCUGCUGGCUGAGAACUACAGUGAACUGGCAGAAGCUUUCGGGGAACCUCACUCACAGAUUGGCUCCCUCAACUCCCAGCUCAUCAGCACUUUAUCAUCAAUCAACUCUGUCAUGAAGUCUGCAAGCCUUGAAGAGCUCAGGCACCCUGACUUCCUGAAAACCAGCUUGGGUAAGGUCACAGGUAGUAAUUUGGAAUACACCUGUAAGUGUGGAGGCCUUCAGUCAGGAGGGCCAUUAAACUCACAGACAUCCCUUCAGGAGGUGGGGACCAUGGAAGGGAAGCCCAUCGGCAGCCAGGAUACCUUCCCCACUCAGGAAAGCACGCUGUCUCCAGUGAACCUGACAGACGACCAGAUAGCCGCUGGCCUCUAUGUAUGUACAAAUAAUGAAAGUACACUGAAGUCCAUCAUGAAGAAGAAAGAUGCCAACAAAGAUUCAAAUGGAGCAAAAAAGAAUCUUCAGUUUGUUGGCAUUAAUGGAGGGUAUGAAACCACUUCCAGUGAUGAUUCCAGCUCAGAUGAAAGCUCUUCUUCCGAGUCAGAUGACGAGUGUGAUGUCCCUGAGUAUCCUCCCGAGGAAGAGGAGGAGGAAGAGGAGGAUGAAGACACUCGGGGAAUGGCGGAAGGCCACCACGCAGUUAAUGUGGAAGGUUUCACGUCCACCAGGGUGGAAGAUGAAAUGCAGGUUCCAGAAUGUGAACCUGAGAAGGUGGAAAUCAGAGAGAGAUAUGAAUUAAGUGAAAAGAUGUUGUCUGCAUGCAACUUACUGAAAAAUAAUAUAAAUGACCCCAAAGCUUUGACCAGCAAGGAUAUGCGGUUCUGUCUGAACACCCUCCAGCACGAGUGGUUCCGCGUGUCCAGCCAGAAGUCGGCCAUCCCGGCCAUGGUGGGGGACUACAUAGCAGCCUUUGAGGCCAUCUCCCCGGAAGUCCUGCGUCAUGUCAUCAACAUGGCGGACGGCAACGGCAAUACCGCCCUGCAUUACAGCGUGUCCCACUCCAACUUCGAGAUUGUGAAGAUGCUUUUGGACGCGGACAUGUGUAAUGUGGAUCACCAGAAUAAGGCAGGGUACACCCCCAUCAUGCUGGCAGCCCUUGCUGCCGUGGAAGCAGAGAAAGACAUGCAAGUUGUGGAAGAGCUCUUCGCCUGUGGGGAUGUGAACGCCAAAGCCAGCCAGGCAGGCCAGACAGCCCUCAUGCUGGCGGUCAGUCAUGGGCGGAUCGACAUGGUGAAGGGCCUGCUGGCCUGCGGGGCUGAUGUCAACAUUCAGGACGAUGAGGGCUCCACCGCCCUGAUGUGUGCCAGUGAGCAUGGGCAUGUGGAGAUCGUCAAGCUGCUGCUGGCCCAGCCAGGCUGCAACGGCCACCUGGAGGACAAUGAUGGCAGCACUGCGCUCUCGAUUGCGCUGGAAGCCGGACACAAGGACAUUGCCGUCCUGCUGUACGCCCACGUCAACUUCGCCAAAGCCCAGUCUCCGGGCACCCCUAGACUUGGAAGGAAGACAUCUCCUGGUCCCACCCACCGAGGGUCAUUUGACUGA